AUGCCUAGAGGUCAGAAGAGUAAGCUCCAAGCUCAGAAGAAACACCAGCAGGCCCGAUGUGAGGCUCAUGCUUGUGGAGAUGCUCAAGAAACAGCAGAAGAAACAGCAGAGGCAGUAGAAGAAUACUCUGCUGCCACCCAGAUCCAGGCUGAGCAUGAGUCUUCCAGCACACCCACGGCACCUCAGAAAAUAACACCAUCUGCUGAUUCAGAUGAAAGUUCCAGUGAGGAAAGUGAGCAAAGUAAGGAAAGGGAAUACCCUCCAGAGGCCAACUUAUACACUACCAUUCUUCAUCAAGAACUGUUAUCGAGAAAGGUGGUAGAACUCUUACAAUACCUGCUCCACAAAUACAAUUUGAAGCAGCUUACUACCAAGGAAGAAAUGCUGAAGGUUAUCACAAAGCAGUUGGAAAAACACUUUCCUGAGAUCCUCAGGAAAGCCUCCAAGAAGCUCGAAGAUACCUUUGCAGUGGAAGUGAGGGAAGUCAACUCCAGUAAGCCCUCAUAUGACCUCAUCAGCAAGCUGAAGCUCCCAAACAAUGGGAGGAUUCGUGCUGGCAAAGGAUUACCCAAGACUGGUUUCCUGAUGAGUAUCCUGGGCAUCAUCUUUGUUAGGGGCAAUUGUGUCAGUGAAGAAGCCAUGUGGGAAAUCCUGAAGAGCAAACAAAUCUAUCCAGGGAAGAAGCACCCCAUCCUUGGUGAGCCUCGAAAGCUCCUGACCCAGUAUUUGGUGAAGCUGAAUUACCUGGAGUACCGGCAGGUGGCCAACAGCAAUCCUCCACGCUAUGAGUUCCUGUGGGGUUCCCAGGCCCAUUCUGAAACAAGCAAAACGAAAGUCCUGGAAUAUUUGGCCAAGAUCAACAAAACAACCCCUGGUGUCAUCUCAGUCCUUUACAAAGAGGCUAUGACACAAGAGCAAGAGCAAGCAGAAGCCAGAGAUGAAAAUAAUAGUGAUGCUACUGACCAAGCUAGUGAAGAUUCCCCAGUUAAGUUAUCAGCAGGUUCUACUAUACCUAUUGACAUUUGA